GCCGGGCCGGCAGGUUUGCGUGGCGGCCAGCGGUUGCCGGCGCCGGCUCGCCCAGCCGACGCCACGUCCCUGGCUGAGGCUCGCUCCCGAGAAGUUACGUGCUGAAGCUGCUUCCGAGAACCUAGCGGGCGGCCGAGGCCUGGGGAGCCUGAGGCCCCCAGUGCUGCCGAGUGGAGGGAGGGCGGCCGUGCGGACGUCUAGUGCUGCGGCGGCCGCGCUCGGAGGUUAGGCGCCGGCCCGGCGCGCCCCGCAGGGAGACCCGGGCGGGGCGGGCGCUGCGCGGACUUUUGUCCGAGUUGAGUCCCCUCCCUGUGGGCCGGGCCUCUCCGGCGCCCCCGCCCCAGCCCCGCUCGCUCCCGGGGGAUGUUUAUCUGGGCCGUAGCGUGAGGAGCCGGCGGCUGGUGGCGCGGAGUCUCGGGUCCGAGGAGCGUCGCGAGGCGCGGAAGAGACAAGAUGUCCGCCAGGGCCGCGGCCGCCAAGAACACAGCAAUGGAGGAAACAGCUAUAUGGGAACAACACACGGUGACGCUUCACAGGGCUCCUGGAUUUGGAUUUGGAAUUGCAAUAUCUGGUGGAAGAGAUAAUCCUCAUUUUCAGAGUGGGGAAACGUCAAUAGUGAUUUCAGAUGUGCUGAAAGGAGGACCUGCAGAAGGGCAGCUGCAGGAAAAUGACCGAGUUGCAAUGGUUAAUGGAGUUUCAAUGGAUAAUGUUGAACACGCUUUUGCUGUACAGCAAUUAAGGAAAAGUGGGAAAAAUGCAAAAAUUACCAUUCGCAGGAAGAAGAAAGUUCAGAUACCAGUAAGUCGUCCUGAUCCUGACCCGGUGUCUGAGAAUGAAGAGGAUAGUUACGAGGAAGAAGCACACGACCCAAGAAGUGGCCGUGGGGGUCCUAACCAUAGGAGGAGUGAGAAGAGCUGGGCCAGGGAGAGAAGUGCCAGUAGGGAUAGGAGUCUGUCUCCAAGAUCCGAUAGGCGGUCUGUGGCCUCCAGUCAACCCACCAAACCCACCAAAGUCACACUGGUGAAAUCCCGGAAAAAUGAAGAAUAUGGUCUUCGAUUGGCCAGCCAUAUAUUUGUAAAGGAAAUUUCACAAGAUAGUUUGGCAGCAAGAGAUGGCAAUAUUCAAGAAGGCGAUGUUGUAUUGAAGAUAAAUGGUACCGUGACAGAAAAUAUGUCAUUGACGGAUGCAAAAACAUUGAUAGAAAGGUCUAAAGGCAAGUUAAAAAUGGUAGUUCAGAGAGAUGAACGGGCUACACUGUUGAACGUCCCUGAUCUUUCUGACAGUAUCCACUCUGCUAAUGCUUCUGAGAGAGAUGACAUUUCAGAAAUUCAGUCACUGGCAUCAGAUCAUUCUGGGCGAUCACACGACAGGCCUCCCCGUCACAGCCGGUCGCGGUCUCCUGAUCAGCGGUCAGAGCCUUCUGACCAUUCUAGACACUCUCCACAGCAGCCCAGCAAUGGCAGUCUCCGGAGCAGAGAGGAGGAGAGAACUACUAAACCCGGGGCAAUCUCAACUCCUGUAAAGCAUGCAGAUGAUCAUACAUCUAAAACAGUGGAAGAAGUUAUAGUUGAAAGAAAUGAGAAACAAGCACCCACUCUUCCAGAACCAAAGCCUGUGUAUGCCCAAGUUGGACAACCAGACGUGGAUUUACCUGUCAGUCCAUCUGAUGGUAUCCUACCUAAUUCAACUCAUGAAGAUGGGAUUCUUCGGCCCAGCAUGAAGUUAGUAAAAUUCAGAAAAGGUGAUAGUGUGGGUUUGCGACUGGCUGGUGGAAAUGACGUUGGAAUAUUUGUAGCUGGCGUUCUUGAAGACAGCCCUGCUGCCAAAGAAGGCUUAGAAGAGGGUGAUCAGAUUCUCAGGGUAAAUAAUGUGGACUUUACAAAUAUAAUAAGAGAAGAAGCUGUCCUUUUCCUACUUGACCUCCCGAAAGGAGAAGAAGUGACCAUAUUGGCUCAGAAGAAGAAGGAUGUUUACCGUCGCAUUGUAGAGUCGGAUGUGGGAGAUUCUUUCUAUAUUAGAACCCAUUUUGAGUAUGAAAAGGAAUCUCCCUAUGGACUUAGUUUUAACAAAGGAGAGGUAUUCCGUGUCGUGGACACUCUGUACAAUGGAAAACUGGGCUCUUGGCUUGCUAUUCGAAUUGGCAAAAAUCAUAAGGAGGUCGAACGAGGCAUCAUCCCUAAUAAGAACAGAGCUGAGCAGUUAGCCAGUGUCCAAUACACACUUCCAAAAACAGCAGGAGGAGACCGCGCUGACUUUUGGAGAUUCCGAGGCCUUCGGAGCUCCAAAAGAAAUCUUCGCAAGAGCAGAGAAGACUUGUCAGCUCAGCCAGUUCAAACCAAGUUUCCUGCAUACGAGAGAGUUGUCCUUCGAGAAGCUGGAUUUCUGAGGCCUGUAACCAUCUUUGGACCAAUAGCUGAUGUUGCCAGAGAAAAGCUGGCAAGAGAAGAACCAGAUAUUUAUCAGAUCGCAAAAAGUGAACCUCGAGAUGCUGGAACUGACCAACGUAGCUCUGGCAUUAUUCGCCUUCAUACAAUAAAGCAAAUAAUAGAUCAAGACAAACAUGCUUUAUUGGAUGUAACACCAAAUGCAGUUGAUCGUCUGAAUUAUGCCCAGUGGUAUCCAAUUGUAGUAUUCCUUAACCCGGAUUCUAAGCAGGGUGUGAAAACAAUGCGAAUGAGGCUAUGUCCAGAAUCUCGGAAAAGUGCCAGGAAAUUAUAUGAACGGUCUCAUAAACUUCGUAAAAAUAAUCACCAUCUUUUUACAACUACCAUUAACUUAAAUUCAAUGAAUGAUGGUUGGUAUGGAGCAUUGAAAGAAGCAAUUCAACAACAACAGAACCAGUUGGUAUGGGUUUCUGAGGGGAAGGCGGAUGGCGCUACAAGUGAUGACCUUGAUUUGCAUGAUGAUCGUCUGUCCUACCUGUCAGCCCCAGGUAGUGAAUACUCAAUGUAUAGCACGGACAGUAGACACACUUCUGACUAUGAAGACACAGAUACAGAAGGCGGGGCCUACACUGAUCAAGAACUAGAUGAAACUCUUAAUGAUGAGGUUGGGACUCCCCCGGAGUCUGCCAUUACACGGUCCUCUGAGCCUGUCAGAGAGGACUCUUCUGGAAUGCAUCACGAGAACCAAACAUAUCCUCCCUACUCACCACAAGCGCAGCCACAGCCAGUUCAUAGCAUAGACUCCCCUGGACUUAAAGCUGCCUCUCAACAGAAAGCAGAAGCCUCAUCUCCAGGCCCUUACCUUUCGCCUGAAACAAACCCAGCAUCACCAGCCUCUGCUGUUAAUCCUAAUGUAAAAUUAGGCAGUGUCAGACUGGAGGAGCCCACCUCCGCUCCUCCCACCGCUGACCCCCUACAUGCUGACUCUUUAAGAACACCAAGCCCUGAGGCAGCUCACACAGUGCUCAGAGACCAAGAGCCGUCCCUGUCGCCGCAUGUAGACCCGGCCAAGGUGUAUAGGAAGGACCCCUACCCUGAGGAAAUGAUGAGAGCCAACCAUGUCUUAAAGCAGCCAGCUGUCACUCACCCAGGGCAGAGGCCAGACAGAGAGCCAGGUCUGAGCUAUGAGCCCCAGCCCCCGUACAUGGAGAGACAGGCCAGCAGAGACCUGGAGCAGCCGGCGUACAGAUACGAGUCCUCCAGCUAUACUGACCAGCUUUCUCGAAACUAUGAACACCGUCUGCGCUGUGAAGACCACACUCCUGCAUAUGAGGAGAGGUGGUCCUACUAUGAUGACAGGCAGUCCUACCAGCCUCGGCCUGCCCUGGACAGCCAGCACCCUCGAGACCUUGACCCUAGACAGCACCCUGAAGAGCCCUCAGAAAGAGGGCAUUUCCCACGUUUCGAGGAGCCGACCCCACCGUCCUAUGAAAGCAGGCCUCGCUAUGACCAGCCACCCAGGACCUCUACCCUGCGGCUGGAAGAGCCAUCCACUCCUGCCUAUGAUGCACAUAGUAGGUACAGGCCUGAGGCUCAGCCCUAUCCAUCUGCCAGCCUGAAGGCCGCAGAGCCUAAGCAGUAUUUUGACCAGUAUUCACGAAGUUAUGAGCAGGUCCCGUCCCAAGGACUCGGCUCUAAAGCAGGCCAUUACGAGCCCCUCCACGGUGCUGCUGUCCCUCCUCUCACCCCUGCACCUCAGCACAAGCCUGAAGUUCUCCCUUCAAGCGCCAAACCGCUGCCUCCGCCCCCGGCUCUGGCUGAGGAUGAAGAAGACCCAGCCAUGAAGCCACAGUCAGUGCUCACCAGAGUGAAAAUGUUCGAGAACAGAAGAUCUGCUUCCGUGGAGAGCAAGAAGGAUGACAGUCAUCCUGCUGGUUUGAAGCCUCCAGAGGGAGCAUCUAAGCCUGCAGGUGCUCCCAUCGUGGGUCCCAAAGGUCCUGCACAGAGUCAGCUCAGCGAACAUGACAGAACUCUGCACAGAAUGCCAGAACCUCAGAAACCCCAAGUGAAGCCACCUGAAGAUAUUGUCCGGUCAAAUCAUUAUGAUCCUGAGGAGGAUGAAGAAUAUUACCGAAAACAGCUCUCAUACUUUGAUCGAAGAAGUUUUGAGAACAAGCCUUCUGCACACGUGCCUGCCAGCCAUCUCUCAGAGCCUGCCAAGUCAGUUCAUUCUCAGAAUCAGCCACAUUUUUCAAGUUAUCCUUCCAAGGUAAAGUCUGCUGAGGCUGAAGCUGUAGACAGGUCGUUUGGGGAGAAGCGCUAUGACCCACUGCAGGCAACACCCCCUCCUCCGCCAUUGCCCACCCAGUACAGCCAGCCCUCUCAGCCUGGCCCCAGCACUGCCCUCGGCCUCCACGUACAUGCCAAGGGGGCGCACGGCGAAGGUAAUUCAGUGUCGUUGGAUUUUCAAAACUCAUUAGUGUCUAAACCAGACCCACCUCCUGCUCAGAAUAAGCCAGCAACUUACAGACCACCAAACCGAGAAGAUACUGCUCAGUCUGCUUUCUAUCCCCAGAAAAGUUUCCCAGAAAAAGGUCCAGCCAAUGGGGCCGAACAGACUCAGAAAACGAUCACUCCAGCAUACAAUCGAUUCACACCAAAACCAUACACAAGUUCUGCUCGGCCAUUUGAACGCAAGUUUGAAAGCCCUAAGUUCAAUCACAAUCUUCUGCCAAGUGAAAUCAUACAUAAACCUGAAUUGUCUUCCAAAGCCCCUGCUUCUCCAAAAACUCUUGUGAAAACACAUGGUUCAGUGCCGCCUCCUGAGUUUGAUAGUGGCGUUGACACGUUCUCUGUCCAUGCAGAUAAGCCUAAAUAUCAAGUAAAUAACAUCAGCACAGUGCCUAAAGCUGUUCCUGUGAGUCCUUCAGCUGUAGAAGAUGAUGAAGAUGAAGAUGGUCACACCGUGGUGGCCACAGCCCGAGGCGUGUUUAACAGCAACGGAGGGGUGUUGAGCUCCAUAGAAACUGGCGUUAGCAUAAUUAUCCCACAGGGAGCUAUUCCUGAGGGAAUUGAGCAGGAAAUCUAUUUCAAGGUCUGCCGAGACAACAGCAUCCUCCCGCCUUUAGAUAAGGAGAAAGGUGAAACCCUGCUGAGCCCCUUAGUGAUGUGCGGGCCCCAUGGUCUCAAGUUCCUGAAGCCCGUGGAGCUGCGCUUACCACACUGUGCGUCCAUGACUCCUGACGGUUGGUCUUUUGCUCUAAAAUCAUCCGACUCCUCGUCGGGUGAUCCUAAAACCUGGCAAAACAAGUGUCUUCCUGGAGAUCCAAAUUAUCUUGUUGGAGCAAACUGUGUCUCUGUCCUGAUUGACCACUUUUAAUUCUUAAAAUAUAGGAACUUGAUUAAAUGAUGUGAAACUGGGUUAAACUUACUAAAUCGAAAUGGAACCACUCUAUGAAGUAUUAUACUUUUCUUAGAAUUGAUACUGCAGUUUGUUAGUAUUAAGCUCUGUCUGAACUGAUGAGGAUGAGUGAGCAUGCCCCUGAACCUGGCUAGAAACAUGCUGCAGACCGCAUGUCUGGGAUUGAAGAGCUUCUGGUGUUGCUGGAGGCUCAAAGAUGUGACACUUUGUAAUGAUUUUUGUACUUUUAUAUGGUCACUGCUUAACUUCACAUAUUGAUUUCCGUUAAAAAGCAGCCAGUAAAUGGGGUGCAUUUGAGUUCUAUUCUUUCCAAAGUACACUGUUUCAGACUUUAUUAUGGCCCUGGCCUGGCAUAUAUAUUUUAUUUUAUUAUGCAUGAGGUAAUAUGCACACUUUUAAAAAAAAUACACCUCGAAGAAUAUAUAACCAGUAUAGUGGAUUUAACAGAAAUGUACAGCAAGGGAAUUUAUAGCUUUGGGUGGGGGGGGAGUGAGGACAAUUACUUAUUGUAUAUGAAAACUCAUUUUUCUUAGGGAAGGACACCAAAGCAUGUGAGACUGGUUCCGUGGCCUCUUUGGAUCUAUAAAUUAACCAUAUCACCACAGACAUACUAACCAGCAGGAAUGCCUUACCCUCAUGUUUUUAAGUCUUAGAUCAUUCUGUCUAUGUAUUACUAAAAUUUUAUGGCUUUUGUGCACAUCUAGAUUCUGUAUCAUGAAAAAGAUUAAGUUGUGGAUCUGGUGGUUUCAGAAAUGUGUGAUCACCCAGAAGAAAAUAAUGGUGUGAUUUGGGGGGUUUUAGUGGGGUGUUUUGUUUUGUUUUGGAAAGGGGGCAGUGGUUUUCUUUUUUUGGCUAUGCAUUUGAACAAUUUUGACAUUUUAAGGAUGCUUGUACAUAAUGCGUGCAUACCACUUUGUUCUUGGUUUGUAAAUUAACUUUUAUAAACUUUACCUUUUUUAUACAUAAAACAAAACCAAGUUUCUUAAGGCUACCUUUGUAUUCUCUCCUGUACCUCUUGAGCCUUGAACUUUGACCUCUGCAGCAAUAAAGCAGCAUUUCUAUGACACACACACAAGGUCAUUUUUUUAAGAAAAAGAAUGCACAGAGUUGUUACAUUUUUAAGUGCUGCAUUUAAAAGAUACAGUUACUCAGAAUUCUCUAGUUUGAAUAAAUUCUUGCAAAGUAUCCUUACUGUAAUUUGUGAUACAAUGCUGUGCCCUAAAGUGUAUUUUUUUACUAAUAGACAAUUUAUUAUGGCACAUCAGCACGAUUUCUGUCUAGAUAACACACCACUACAUUCUGUUAAUCAAUCAUUAGGUGUGACUGAAUUUCUUUUGCAGUUAUUAAAAAAAUCUCAAAUUUCUAAAUCUGCAGAAUAAAUCUUUUUAAAAUAAA